AUGCUCUCCCGUCACCUUACCCCCCUCCUCCGCUCCCAGAUCCCCCUCACUCAGCGGGCCUCCCUGUCCACCUCCACUGCCAGAUGGAGUCAGGACUCAUCAUCCAGUGCUUAUAGAGAAGGCAUGGCCCGCUACAAACUCUUCGUGAGUCCCUUUGCCAAGGUCUUCCUCGGUGCCAUCUUCACCUAUCAGGUUAUCCACUGGACGUGGUUGAAGUUGGAGAUGGAUGAGUCCAAGGCGGACAAGAACAAGGAGGUAGAGGCGCUGGAGAAGAAGGCUAAGGAAUUGACUGGCGCGCAAAAAUGA